AUGCUUGCUCCUAUAUCUGCGUCGAGUAACGUUAUCCAACAAUACAGGAAGCAUCCAUCUUCAGGUCCAAGGGAGCUUACCCCAACCAUGGUUCGCUCUAUUGAUGAGGCUGACAAACCUGCUAAAAGGGGCAAGAAACCUGAAACCCACAAAGAGGCACAAGUUUCCAAACCAACCAAAGGGAAAACCCCUAAGAAGCGAAAGUCUGAUAAGGCUGUUACAUCACCUCCUCAACCGAAGAAGCUGGAGAACCCCGCUAUGAGGCUAAUAGUACAAUCCUCGAGUGACUUAGAUUCAGAGGAUGUUCCUCCCCAACAUAAGAUUGCUCCUCCUUCAGAAUCUGAGAGCGAAAGCUCUGAUGAUGAGGCUUCGGGCCAAGGUGAUACUCCGCGUCGCUCCCCUACCCUGAAAAUUCUAGUUCGCUCUCACCCUCCUUCACCUCCACGUGUAACCAUCCCAAUAUCUAUCCCUCCUAUUUUUCCCAUUCCAACCACUCAACCUUUCACUACAAUUCCCAUCCAUUUCUUGUGUCGAAGACUAGGAAGAUGA